GUCAUUGGUCACAUGGUUUUGAUAGAACGAAUCAAGCUCCGAUACAGAGCUACUUGAGCGGCUUGGAUCAUUCUCCGCAAAAUGGCGACGUCCCUCGGAUCCAACACCUAUAACAGACAGAAUUGGGAAGACGCGGAUUUUCCAAUUCUGUGCCAGACAUGUUUAGGAGAAAACCCUUACAUCCGCAUGACCAAGGAGAAGUACGGGAAAGAAUGCAAGAUCUGUGCUCGACCCUUCACCGUCUUCCGAUGGUGUCCAGGGACAAGAAUGCGUUUCAAGAAGACUGAGGUCUGUCAGACCUGCAGCAAAAUGAAGAACGUUUGUCAGACAUGUCUGCUCGACCUGGAGUAUGGUUUGCCCAUCCAGGUCCGAGACACUGGGCUUUCUGUUAAGGACGAGGUUCCUAAGUCAGAUGUGAACAAAGAGUACUACACUCAGAACAUGGAGAGAGAGAUUGCCAAUUCUGAUGGCACACGGCCGGUUGGCCAGCUAGGUAAGGCCCCCAGCUCGAGUGACAUGUUGCUGAAAUUGGCCCGUACAACACCGUAUUACAAGAGGAACCGGCCGCACAUCUGCUCGUUCUGGGUAAAGGGAGAGUGUAAGAGAGGGGAGGAGUGUCCCUACAGGCACGAGAAGCCAACUGAUCCAGACGACCCUCUAGCUGACCAGAACAUAAAAGACCGUUACUACGGCAUAAAUGACCCAGUAGCAGAUAAGCUGCUGAAAAGGGCCUCAACUAUGCCGCGACUAGACCCACCAGAUGACAAGUCCAUCACCACCCUCUACAUUGGGGGUUUGGGUGAUACUGUCACAGAUGGAGAGCUCAAGAGUCACUUUUACCAGUUUGGUGAGAUUCGCACCAUUACCAUAGUCCAGAGGCAGCAGUGUGCCUUCAUCCAGUUUGCCACGCGGCAGGCAGCUGAGACGGCGGCCGAGAAGUCCUUCAACAAACUGAUCAUUAAUGGACGGAGGCUCACUGUCAAGUGGGGAAGGUCUCAGGCAGCAAGAGGAAAGGAGGGCAUCAAAGAUGGUGUCAGUGAAAUGGGUACCAGACUUGAUCCUGUGCCUGGACUGCCUGGAGCUCUUCCUCCACCACCAGCUUUGGAUGAAGAGGCUCCUGCAAAUUACUUCAACCUGGACCCGAGCACAUCUCCCGCUGUCAUGAACAUCGCUCUGCCCCCACCUCCAGGCAUCAACCCGCCUCCCCCAGGUUUUGGCCCUCCAAUGUUUCACCACAUGGGUCCCAUGGGUCCACCCAUGCCCCCUCCAAUGAGCAUGAGACCCCCUGGUCAAAUCCACUACCCCUCCCAGGAUCCUCAGCGCAUGGGUGCCCAUGCUGCACAUGGCUCUCGCCAUGGUGAUUAGCUGUUAGAUGGAGUUGGAUUCUGAGGAACAUUUUUAAACCUAUUCAUUUUUGGUUACAUUGACUUUUUAUUUUUUAUUUGAAAGAAUCUUAAUAUUCCACAACAUAAAGGCUUGUUAUUGUAAGGCUUUCUUUGUAUGUUGUUUUCACUUGUCAUUAAAAUGACUCAAUCUUGUCAUUGA